UUAUAAAUGCUCUGCCCUCCCAACUCCCACCCCCCACCCUACAUGCAUUAGUUGUGACCUCCAAAAGUAACUUCUACAUACCAGAGUGGUAUUCUGUGUCCCAAAAAGUACUGUUUUGGGACCAAUCAGAUCUACCAGAAGGGUAAUUUUUCUUGCAAUCCGGCCACAAUCAUGGGAAAUUGCAUGGAGACAUACACACAGAGGCAACAAGCAGAGGGAAUGCAGCAGCAGCAGCAGCAGCAGGAGGGAUAUGUGGGAGAAAGAGCAAGUGGGUUGGUGAAGGAAAGCAGUUUUAAGCAGGGUGGCAUAAGGGUUAAGAUUGUGCUAACAAAGGAAGAGCUGGAGUGGUUCAUGCUUCAGCUGAAAAAUAAAGAAGGGAAGGUGUUGGAAGAUGUUUUCAGAGAGAUUGAAAGAGGAAGAAGCAAAGUUGAGGGAUGGAAGCCUUCUUUGGAAAGUAUCAUGGAGAGCCCUGAAGUGCUCGAGAUGGACCGAUGAGUGUUUUCUUUUUGCUUCAAUUCUGCUUUUGUUUCUUUCCUCCAUAAAUAGUUUCUAGACUUUUGGAUUUUGACAUGGGCUAUGGUCCAAAUCUCUGUAAUCUAUAUAGUUUUUCUCAACUAAAGGGCACUAUAUAGAUAUAUAGUGGUUGAGAUGGAUACUUUUUAUCUGUGCAUGAUCUUCUUUAGAUAUGAAUUUAGAUCCCUAUUCUCUUUCUUCCUCUCAAAUAUCAGUGUGAUCUGUGUUGUAAAGUAUGAAUAUGCAUAUAUGAUCAGUUGUGUUCAUUUAGGUA